AUGCUAACACAAAAUGUCAACAACAUGCCGGGUGCUUCUUCGGAAACAGAAACCGAAAACGACCACAGGUUCCCGCGACAGGAGGCCGAGGGAGACAAGGCAUCCCGGAACGCUGUGUCUGUCAUAUCCAAGCUGGCCGACGAUCAUUUAACUCUCGUUCGGAACAUCAGCACUUGUCUGGCGAUCGCUGGCGUGGUGGUCAUAGCCAGAAGCAUCAGACUGAUCUCCAAAUUCCAGACGGCGUCUGAGAUUCCUUCUCGUUUCAUAGAGAAGAACGUCAGCCUGCGAGGAAAAGUCCAGUCGGUCACGGAGAACGGGAUCCAAGUCGAGCAUGUGCCGAUUCACGUGCCCGUCCUUUCAUCGCUGCUCACCAAGCACAGAGGUGUCUCACCCUCCCAGCUGCUGGUGAGUCUGGCUGGAGUGGACUUGACUCCGGAGGGGAGUUUGUGGCUGCAGAAGAACUUGGAACCUGCUCAGAUCGUCUGGCUGAAACUCAUCAGCCGUCAGGGAGAAACCAUCCAUUGUUUCGUUACGCCGAGCAAGAGGUCAGCAUGGACCUUGUCAUUGAACGAGGAGGUCCUGAAGCUGGGUCUGGCCCGAACUGCGCCCGUCCACGGAGUCCCGCCCGCAUCUCGCCUCUACUGGAGGCUUCACAAGCGACUGCACAGGGCAGAGGUCAAAGCUGAAAAGAAGGGGCGGGGCCUGUGGAAGGAGGACAGCCGAUGGGAGCGGGUGUCCAAAGCCCUGAGGGACAAUGUUUUAUUCAGGCUGAUGAGGAGGCUCUUUAAGAGGACAUGAAGUGGCGAUUCAGUGAAUUGAAAUGGAUGACAUGUUAAAAGGUUUCCGCUUGAUCAAGUGGGAUUUUUUUUUUAAUGAAUCAUAAAAAUAAACGUGUCCAUGAGGAGCUGAAGGAACUGGAGAAGGAACAUCAUAAUCACAAAAUAAAAAACAUAUUGCUUUUUUUUUUUAAUAGUGUAUUGAAAAAAUAGGUUCUAAACUGCGGGCCUCCAGUGUUGGACUGUAGAAACCCAGCACAGGAGACCCCCCCCCCAAACACAUGGGGCAGGGUAUGUUAAUGAUGUUCAAAUUACAGAUGGGGGUCCUCCUGCUCUUGCUGAGAUCAUUGUUGCUAUAGCAACGCCACAUGUGAAAUACAAAGAGCAUCAAGGAUUGAACUCCAUCUUGGCCUUCAUCAAACCCCAUGGGGACCGUAUAUACUGUAGAUGUGGGGCGUCUACAAGCCGCCCUGGCUGAAGAGGGUCCGGUGAAUCCAAGACCUUGGCGUUUUUAAUGGCAAGAACGCAAAUCUGGUCUUGAAGAUAAUCUGUGAUUCGACAGUAAAACUUUCAUUCAGGCGCGUCUGCAGCUGAGAGUCCUGUGGAGCGUCGGGGUGAGGGGUCCCCCUGCAGCCAAUGGCUGGACUGAAGCGGGCGGUCCCAUGAGUACAAGGAGAUUAGUGAAGUGGGCUUGGGGGGGUCUUAGGGUCGCGGUGGAUUUUGGGUUCCAGCACAAAGGCAGCAGAGGAGGAGUCACAGUGGACUGGGAAAGGAGGGGAGGGUGAUGAAUCAGCUCCUCUCUUUUGUUGUGCAAAUGUUACUAGUGACUGUUGGCCAGACAGAGGCCUGUGAUUGGUCAGCGGGUUUAAAUUGUAAGGUGCAUUUGGGAGCUGGUGGUUGUUGCUGCCAGACUUUGCUCUGUCACUCAAGGAGGAGGGAAACCACGGCAGGUUAUACGCUGCUGAUGGUCUGGAGCUAUCGAAAAGUGAAAUUGCUUGUUUCUGUAAUUUAUUGUCCUGAAAGUUUGAAUCACUUGUGCCUCACUUGUUUUAUUGACAACAUUUUUUGUGCUUAUUAAUUUGCUUCAUCUCCUGAUAGCAGUUAACUGAUAACAGUUAAAAUGGCAUCAUAUUCAAUAUUUUUUUUAGGGACCGGAGGGCUGCAAUAUAAUCAUAAAAAAAUAGUGUAAAUCCACAUUUUUGGUGGAAGCAAUUUUGUUUAGAAUUCGAUAACUAAUCAUAAUAAAAUUAAACUAAAGCAAAAAACUGGUUUUCACCUUUAAAAUUAUUUUGAAAAAUCUAUUACAGUGAAUUUUGUGAAAUCCUAUUCUUG